UCUUUUGCCAAAGGCAUGCUCAAUUGCUCAUAUCGCAGUCAUAAACAUGGAAUGUUCUAUGAUGUGUUAGCAUUGCAGGGUAUGCAAUCUAUAUAAGGAAGCACCAGCUCCAGUGAAUUCCUGGAAUCAAGAAGAUGCUAUGAUGUGUUACAGAAUUACCCACGUUGUGCUGGAAACCCAGAGAUAUGUUCAAUCAUUUCCCAGCAUCUGCUCCUCUGCCAUCAGGCCGGAACACGUCAAGGCUUCUAUAAAGAGGGUAGGAGCGGGUAGGCAUCUUCCAUCCGCACCAUGGGCUUCUCCUGGUGAUAAGACAAAGAGGAAUUGAUUAAGCUGGCGGACACAAUCCAAUUUCUUGGCUGGAGAAGACUUCGUAGACACCAUUGCUUCACAUUUGGGAGCUUUUGACUGGGAACAAAAGUUGAAGGCAAGACCUACCUUCCAGGAUACUCGGCCAUUGCAGAUUGUACCGUAAACUUGAAAGGCAAUUAGUUUUUAUAACACAUGGAAAACAAACCAAGUGAGCAUUUUAGUAACAGAAUCACAAUGAGACCCACAAAGGGACCUGCAUAUGAAAUGAUAAAGCAGACUAUGCUUGCACAGGAUGCUACAUUACGGAGCCAGGUCUCUGAACUUCAUCAUUUGUACAAGUUUCAGAAAUACCUAAUGUCAUUCCGAUCGCAAGGAAAAGAAAUAUAUGUCAAUUCUCAAGGAAGAAAGGCCCAGAAAGUUGGGCGUCCUGUUGGACAGGGUAUGAAGAAACCAUCUGAAAAUUUCAUGAAGGGAAAAAAUUUAGCGUGUGGUUCGAAUGGAGUGUCUUUGAGGCAUAGCAAUAGCGAGUCCACAAAAAGGAUGCUAGACAUUCAGGUUCCAGCUGAUGCAUGUGCUGAUGAUAGUGAUGAUGAUAGUGAUGAUGAUGUGGUGAUGAUGUGGUAUCCAAUAAAUGAUGAUUCAGUUCUUGGUACAAAUGCGAAUCUUAAUAUUGAGGGCUCCUCGCACAUGAACAGGAAUGGGAUCACUGGUUUAGAGCCACCAGAUGUCUCAGCAGUAAAUGUUCUGAGUAAAGAAGUGGUAGGGUCAUCUAGUACUAUGAAAAGGAUAGACUUCCCAACUGUGGGUACAUCCAGUUCUCAGAACCAGUCUUACUCAUCGGGGAGAAUGAACCUGAAUCUCCCAAGCUUAGAAGACAACUUUGAAGAAAAGCAUGUUGGUGCAGCCUCUGGUUCAAAGUUCUUUGCUGCAAAUGAGGAAACAUGGCGUAGCAAUUCAUGCAGCCAUAAAAAAGAUGAUCGAAGCAAUGACAUACACAACAAAAGUGGUGUUGAUUCCUCAACCGCACAUUACCUGUCCAGCUCUAGCAUCAUCAAUCCACAAAUAUUUGCAGCGUCCAGCUCCAAUGCUGCACUCAAGUAUCAGUGGCAAAGCAGCAGCACCGAUUGCAGGGCUAGCAGGCAGUAUGCUGACGCUGAAAUGCACUUUGCUCAGAAUGAUCGCCUUCCAGCUGUCCAAGAAUAUUGUGGCCUUCAUUCAUCAGUGAUUCCUGGAGGUCAGUUUCAAAAGCACUCCCCAUUUUAUGAUUGUCCAAAGGAUGUGGAUCUGAACAAUGGUCCUCAAGAUGCAAAUACCACUUUGGGACAAGCAAGUGAGAGUACACCAAUGGAAAUCUCAUGGGUCAGAAACAAGCUGUUAAACAUGAGGAAGGAAGUUUCCAUGAAGAAGUCACAAGUGGCAUUGAGCUGUGCGAAUGUGCAUUCCCAGAUUUUGCCUGGUUCCAUGGCUUAUUCAGAAGGCAGCAGAAGAAUAUUUGGUUGUACAGUUAGUGCAGCCACCAAGAGAGAUUCUGAGCCGUCAUCCACUGUACACAUGGGUACAGACAUCACAGCCUUGAUUAAGGGUAUAGCUAACAUGCAAAUACAAUCCCAAAAGAAGAAGGAUGACACCAAUGGCAGGGAUCUCAUGGACCUGAAUGUUGCUCUGCCAUUCAUGGAUGAUAUGGAGAUGGAUGUCCACCAGUCAGAAGGCAACAACAGUGUUCCUCAAGAACCAAAUGCUCCUUGCAUAGACCUGAAUGUUGCACUGCCAUUCAUGAGUGGUAUGGAGAUAGAUACCCGCCAGUCAGGAGGCGACACUGUUCCCCAAGCACCAGAUGAUCCUUCGAAUGAAGUUCUUGCUAUAACUGCUGCAGAGAAUCUUAUUGCCAUGCAUAACGAUGAGUUUCAAGCAAGAUCACCUCAUGUUAAUGAUAUUCUGCAUUGGUUUGCUGACCUCACGAUAUCUGCAGGGGAGAACACGGUGUUCUAUAAUACUGAAAGUAACAAUGGUGACGGCUCUGAAGCUUUGAAACUGCAGUUGUUUGGAACCAAAGACUCUGUGUACAGCUCAGCGCUGUAUACCCAAGACCGUAAGAGCAAUGAAGACCAUGUCUCUGCUGCAGCUCCAACCUUCAAAGCUUCUGCUAAAGCCAAUUCAAGCACAGAGACACCUUCAGAAGAUGGACAUCCAGAAGGACAUUAUUCCGGUGGUGCCCUGAAGGCUAGACGACGUUCCUUGCGUAAAGCUCCCUAUAAAGCCAAUUCAAGCACAGCAACACCUCCAGAAGUCGCCCCGAAUGCUAGACGCCGCUCCUUGCGUAGCUUCAGAGGGAAAAAGUAGAUUUCCUAGCUGAUGGGAAUUAUUAAUAAAGCAGUUUUUCCAGUGAUGGAGCUGCGUAGAAAUUAAGGAACUGUAUCGUAAUAAGGAACGUCGCAUAUGUUCCACAACUCUAGGCUCUAGAAAACUGCAUUGGAUGAGAGCCUAUUGUUGUUAUCUAUGUCUUUUUACAUCGGACUAGCAAGUUUCAGACGCACUCUUUUCCUUACCAGGGUACCGAAAGGGACUGGAAGGUUUUUAAUGAGGCGGCUUGCUAGCUUAAUAUAUUGGUUUGUUAAAAAAAGACUCGGAUUUGGGAUUUAUUUUACAAAUAAAUGUUGUAAUAUCAUUUU